AUGUUGUCCAGGCCAGUCAAUCUUGAAGAUGAAAUGGGAGAACAUACAGAGACAGUGUUGCCGGAGGUGGUGUCUGCAGUGUGGCAAGGAUGCAGGGCUGUACAAGACAAUGAUGUGCCAUGGGUUGCUGCCUUGCAACUGGCCGAGGACAUUGACAGUACUGCCCCAACAGGUGGCGAUACCAGUGUUAGCCCCGAAGAUAUUAGGGCUGCACAACAAGAAGAUUCAGCCAUUAAAGAAAUUGUGUCCUUGAAACUGAAUGGAGGGACUCCAGACAAAAGUGACAAGAAAACAAUGGGGAGAUGGACAAGGAGAUUACUGUAUGAGUGGAGCAAACUGGAGGUGGAUAAGGGAAUACUCUACCGCCAAACUGAACAGUACAAGCAACUGGUCCUUCCCGAACACCUGAAACCUCUGGUGUUGCAGAGCUUACAUAACUACAUGGGACAUGUAGGUGCCGAAAAGGUAAUUCAACUAGCUCGUGAAAGAUUUUUUUGGCCCUACAUGAAGCAAGACAUUGAGGACUAUGUGACAAAGAAAUGUGCCUGCAUCAAACAAAAACAUCCCAGUGUCCCACAACGAGCUCCAAUGGGGUCUAUUACCACAAGUGCACCCUUUGAUCUGGUCUCCAUUGACUAUUUACACCUGGAGCCAAGUAAAGGAGGGUACGAGUAUAUCCUUGUGCUUGUCGACCAUUUCACACGCUUUGCUCAGGCAUACCCAACGAGGAACAAAUCAGGCAAGACAGCAGCUGAAAAGAUAUUUCAGGAUCUCAUUCCUCGCUUUGGAUAUCCAGAAAAACUUCAUCAUGACCAAGGACAACUGACAAAACAGAAAAGGCAGAAAAAAACAGAAAAAUACAUUGACCUGCCAGUUACAGAGAGCUCUGAUGAGGAAGAGGAGUAUACUUACCACAGGUACGAACUCCGGAGCAGAAACCCUUGCUAUGGACCGACAGGAUUGCAGUCCCAAGCACCCGCCAUUUCUCAAGCGCAACCAGAGCUGAAUGAAACAGCCAAUGAGUUUGAACCUAACAGACAAGAACCUGAGAUCAUUCAGGAUGGAUUGGAGGUACCAGAAUACACAGAGAUUGUUGAGGAGAGGAUUGAUCAAAUGGGGGAGAUUGAGAAUGCAAAUAUAGAAGAUGAAGUCGGGUUGAGGAGAUCCCAGCGACAAGAGCCAUCUGUUUUCAUCGGGGAGUUUAUGGUUGAGGGUAAUUCUACCCUAGUUGUCGAUGUAAGCGUUUUGAAUAAUCAACCGCUUACUGUCGACGGUCAGUCUGUUACCAUUGAAAAGGCAGAAUUAGUGGCAGAGUGCCGUACUCUCGGUGAAGAAACCACAUGCUGGUGUACACCUGAGUAUGUCUGGAGCGAGGGCGUGAGCAUCGACUUUGAGAUAUGCCGCAACAACAAUGAGUGUGUGGCAAACAUCUCCCACUAUUCACCUCUGUGUGUUCCCAAAGUUGCAAUUCAGCUGUCGGGGACUAUGGUAAACCAGGGCUCCUCAUCGUGGAGUGAUGUGAAUUACCUGAAUACAAGAUGUGUGUUCAUCUCCCUCUCAGGAUUGGCUGUGAUGGUUGCACCUGAUGAGACACCUGUGGAGUACAAAUCAAAACAGACUCUUAGUUGUUCUAUAGACGACGACACACUCAACACAUGCGAAUGGUUUCUCACAAAACCCGGCAAGUCAACAGCGCAGCUCGGAAACGGGACGCAAGUGGUAGUUGGUGCCUCCAGCUGUGAAAACUCCACUACACUUACACUGAAGGAGACAAGAGGCGUAUGGGAUGGCUUAUAUACAUGCAAGAUCUCGGACGGCACGGUUUUCCAGAAGGCCUCCCAGAACCUGAGCAUUGCAGUGCUGCCGGACGCGAUCACCAUCAAAAGUGUCCCGCAGACAGCGGACUGCACAGGCAAAGGCGUAACUGAGGUCACUGUCAAGUGUGGAAUUCUGCCACCUGCUAACUACACCGUCACUGUGGAUGAAAAGCCUGUGAAAGCAAGCACAGAUGACACUUCUGAGGAGAAAAUUUGGUUCUCCCAAAAAAAAAGUAUAACAUGUGCUCCAGGGGAAGUUUCUACUUCAUGUAAAUUUGAAAACAGCCUGUCGCAGUUUGAAGUGGCAACCUUAAACAUCCCGGUUCUCCUCCCUUCAGAACUUUUUUGUGAAAAUGACCAAGAUUGGCCAAAGACCAAAGCAGACGAAACAGCGACUGGGCCUUGUCCACCCGGCAAAAUUGGCAACAUAAGCCGUCCGUGUAAUGACCUCGGUGAAUGGGAACUUCAGAUGGACUUCUGUGUCAGUGAGUCCAUUCAGAAGUUGAGCUCCUCUGUUGAGAACUUCAAACUUGGAUUAAACGCCACACCAGCGGUUGCGGGGGAAAUAUUUUCUGGUUUAAAAAACAGCAGUUCCUCAGGAUCCAACAUGAGCCUUGGUGACAUUGCAGCCUCCAUAGACAUCCUGGAUGGCAUGGCUCUUGCCUCCGAAGUCAUCCCUUUACAAGACGACUCAAUGAUGGGAAACUUUAUUGAUUCUGCCAGCAAUGUCCUAACCACAUCAUGGACAAACAACACUGAGGUUUUACACAGAAUUUCCACAAACUACAUUAAAGCAGUCGAGGGCUUGGUAAAAAACAUCAAAGUCAAUGAAAGCAAGGGAUACAACUCCUCAGAAAUUCAACUCCAGGUCUGUGAAGAUAACGAUGUCUGUAACAGUUCGAUCUUUGGUGUGGAAAUGUCGCUGUCAACAACAGCACACCAGUCCAAAGUAUUGGCAUUGAGGAACCUCUCAGACCGACUGCCAAGUAAAGUAAAUGGUACCGAGUUCUUAACCUUAAACGACAGCAUUGUUCUCUCAGCCACUCUCGAAAAUGCCUCAGACCAUAAGGCAAACAUCACCAUGAUGUUUCCUUUCAACAACACUGCAGGCCCCCCCAACGCCACAUUCCAGUGUGUUUUCUGGAACAUCAACGAGAGCACCUGGUCGUCAGAGGGCUGUGUGACGGAGAAGGACGAGGACGACAACAUUGUGUGCAAGUGCAACCACCUGACCUCCUUCUCAGCGCUCAUGGCCAAAAACCCAGAGGACCUGGACGGCUUACCCUUCCUGGACGAACUCACUUACAUCGGCCUCGGUGUGUCCAUCUGCUCCCUCAUCGUCUUCCUCAUCAUCGAGAGUGCUGUCUGGGGUGCCGUCACCAGGUCCAACCUGUCCCAUUUCCGCCACACGUGCCUGGUCAACAUCGGCGUGUGCCUGUUGAUAGCAGACUGCAGCUUUCUGGCCUCAGCUUUUCCCAAGGAGUUGGGAUCGCUCACCUGCCUCCUCAUGGUGCUUGCCAAGCACUUCUUCUUCAUGGCCAUGUUCUUCUGGAUGCUGUGCCUCGGCAUCAUGCUUCUCCACCAGCUCAUUUUCGUCUUCAGUCCACUCCGGAAGAAGGUCUUCAUGAUCCUGGCCUUCACCAUGGGUUACGGCUGCCCGUUGCUCACGGUAGGCGUCUCGUAUGUGUACUACGAUCGGGUGCCGGACAGCGACUACCACAACCCAGAUUCGUGCUGGCUCAACUACGAGGGUCCCAUGAAGGGGUCGCUGCACGCCUUCCUGUUCCCCGUUGGCGUAAUCACACUGAUGAACUUGGUCUCCAUGGUGGUGGUGAUUGUGACUCUGCUCCGGCCCCAGGUGUCAGAAGGCAAGGCAGACGACAAGCAGACUCUGAAGAGCAUCCUCAAAGCCGUAGUCUUUCUGACACCCGUCUUUGGUGGAACGUGGCUCCUUGGAUACUUUGUGUUCUCAGUGGAUCCUAAGACAAAUACUGGGAUAUUAGUGAACUAUGCUUUCACCAUCGUGAAUUCUCUUCAGGGGUUCUUCAUUUUAGUAACAGGAUGUCUUGGAGAAAAGAAGGUCCGAGAUGAGUUUCUAAAAUGCAUUAUGCCUCCGAAUUCCACGAGAAGUGAGAGCAAGCGAAACUUGACAUCGUCAUCUUUGAAGAAGUAAUGCCAGUGAAGGUGUCUCAGCAUCAAGAUCUUCAUGGCAGCCCAGAUGAGAUCAGAGGAGAGCCAUGCAGGAGGAGCUGCUGGAUGGAAAGAAGACGUUUCAUGUGAUCCUGCAGAGCCAGCCACCACAAGAGAAACAUUGGCACUCCAGUGUACACUAGAGCAGUGGUUCUUAACUUGAAUAGUGUUGGGCCCCACAAUUUUCCAUGGCCAUUACGUUGGGACCCAAUAUUUUGUUGAGCCCUCCGGAAUCUGCAAAUAAUUAUCAAAAA